AUAUUUAUUAGUCGUUUGGCAAUGUGAAAGAGAAGUGCUGUGCUGCAUCAAAUUUGGCGCCGGAGCUUUCACGGCCUCAGCGCCCAUUGCUAAAUCGGUAGCUAUUCAACUAUAGUGCUGUAUCGAUAGAGUAGAAUAAUUAAAUUAGUGGCAAAGUGUUUGUGUUAAUUAUAAAUUGGAUACAAGUGAACGCGCUCAUUGGUUACUUUAAAUCGCUUGAACUUGGCAAACUUUGAAACUGACGGGCGGUGAGUCGGACGGUUCCUCGAUGGCGAUCUCUGAUGUUGUUGUUGUUGCUGCCAUUGUUGUGAUUUGAUUGGUGCCAGUUACUGUUACUAUUGUUGCUGUUGUUGUUGCUGCGCUAUUACUGUUAACUAGAAGUUGUUGGUGCUGUUUUCUGGUGCUCGACCUGCAGCUGGAGUUGGAGUUGAAGCUGGAGCGACUGCGUUACACUUUGUAAAUCGGUCAAUGGUAACGGGCUUGUAAGCAGGUGCAACUGCAACUGACAGAGAGAGAGAGAGAGAGAGGAAGAGUUAUAUAAAACGGCUGAGAGGAGACAGCAAUCAAACCAUGUCACUAAAGAAGGAAACUCCCUCGGAUGUGAUGCUGCAUCUGGCGGCGCUGCGAGGCGACGUUGUCGAGAUGCGCCGCGUGCUCGAUACUGGCAAAGUGCAUGUCGACUGCAAAGAUGAGGAUGGUACAACGCCUCUUAUUCUAGCCGCAGCUGGGGGUCAUAUCCACUGCGUUCUCGAGCUCAUCGAGCAGGGAGCCGAUCUCAACGCGCGCCGCUCCACUGGCACCACCGCUCUCUUCUUUGCCGCCCAGGGCGGGCAUUUGGACGUGGUGCGCAUUUUGCUGAAAGCGCGCGCAAAGGUCGACACGCCCUCGCUCGACGGAGGCACGCCCCUAUUUGUAGCUGCCCAAGGCGGACAUGUGAAGAUCAUCAGAGAGCUGUUGGACUGUGGCGCGGAUGUGAAUGCCAGCAUGAAGGAUCGUGCCACCCCCGCUUUUAUAGCUGCGCAGAAUGGGCAUCGAACAGUUUUGUCGCUGCUGAUCCUGGCCCACGCUUCGACGGACAUCAAGCGCAUCGAUGGAGCCACCCCACUGUGGAUAGCGGCCCAAAUGGGGCACGAUCACAUAUGCAAGGUGCUCCUGCAGAACGGAGCGAAUAUCGAUACAGUGCGCUGUGACGGUGCCACGCCUCUGUUUAAGGCCGCCCAUAAGGGACACGCCUCGGUGAUCACAGUGCUGCUCAAGUAUCGCCCGAAUCUGGGUAUAUUGCCCAAUGGGGAAUCUGCUCUGCAUGCGGCUGCGAUGUUUGGUCACAUGACGGUCUGCAAGCAACUCGUGGCAGCCGGAAGCGAUGUCCUGCUCAAAAAUCAGGACGGAUUAACGGCCAUGGAGUUGGCGCAUCAUGAGAACUAUGGCUCCAUCUGCGAAUAUCUGAAGGAGCGAAUGCGCGCGGUAAUGGAACGCAAUACCUUGGCUAUGGCCCAGAUGCGUUUGUCAACGUAAAGGCCAGCCCAUAGAGAGAUAUACACACACAAGUAUAUACUACUAUAUAUGACCAAAUCGAAUCCCUUCAAAGUACCUUUUCUGCACAAUACGUUGAAUUAUUUAUUCACUUAAACUAUGAUUAGAACUUAUGAUGAAACAGCUAAGUUCUUUCGAUUGCCACGGAGUUCGAUAGAAUAUUCUGAAUUUAGAUACCGAUUCAGCCACUGAUAUACACUGUAUAUCCUUUUUCUUUUGCAGAUUACACAGCUAGAUAUCCUUUGUAGUGUUUAUCUAAGAGGCAUUAUGUAUGUAAUAAUCUGAAUAUAUUAUAUGCGAUUUAUGCACACUUUUCAUUACUUUUUGUACAUAUAUUAAAUGCAGAACAAUUUAAUUUAUUACUGCUUCAAAAGCGUUUGAUAUCAAUUUAAGAAUCUACACUUUUAUGCAUAUCUCUGAGAACGUUUAGUUUACUUUUGUCUAUACUAUAGUUAGGAUAUUUGAGUUAAACAUAUAUUUUUAUAUAUGAAAAUAUUUAAAUUAAUUCAAUUCUUUAAGCUUUGAAUCUGAUCAAAAGUGGCUUAGUAGAGCAGCAUUGUCGGAACUCUAAACUAGACAUCAGAAUAUCAUAUGCUUUCGACUUAUAGAAAAAACAAAAAUAUAAAAAUGUAAUCAUAUUGUACAUGCAUACCGAACCGAUCCAUUAAAAUAGAAUCUUUCAGAAAAUAUUAUCUAUAACUAUAUACAUAUGUAUAUCUAUUUAAAGUUGAUACCUCCGUGGCAAAAUAAACUGUUUCAUUUUGUUGUGCAAUCAAAUUAUAGAAAAGUAUAAACAAGUAAUGGUAAAAAAUAGAGAAAAAUGUGGCCAAGCUAAGCGAGGGCAAAAUCACCGAUUACAUAUAUAUAAAUAAAUACCCAGAUAUAUCAUUAUAAUAUAUGUAUUUAUCUAUACAACUACUUGGAGCUUGUAUUUGAAUUUACGAUUACGAUUACUUCUAGCAAAUAGCUCAUAUAUAUAUGAUAUGAAAACCUGUUAACAUGGACCGCAUCGUCCUUUGUAUAUAAAUAUAUAUUUAAUACAUUAAAAUUAUAUAUUUAUGCAUUCAUGUAACCCUAAGCAAUUGUUAACAAGUGCUUUAUGUUUAUUCGCCUUUUUGUCUUAUCCUAAUUAGCUAUAUUUAUAUAAAUAUAUAUAUUUUGACUUAAUUAGCUAAUAAUUAUAAUGAAAUGAUUAUGUCGAUUUUUCCCUAUUGAUUUAUGCUCGUGUACAUUAAAUAGCAAAUUAUCACAAAUUAAAUAUAAAUAUAGAAUUCACUUUGAAAUUUCGCGGCAAUUUCAAUAACAUUAUGUUAUUCACUUAACGAAAUGUUAUCUUAACGAAACUGUUAAGCUGGUUCUCUGUAGAGUCAGCAGAUGCACGCACCAACGCUUAGUACUACUAAGUUAGUACGGACACAGCUGUCGGAGAGGGGUUGCGUGGGGGCCUUUCGAAAAGCUCAAAGAAAAUUUGAUUUAUAGCGCACCCGCAGCCAAACCCGCGAGCAAAUACCGCUUAGCCUGCAGUCAAUAACAAAAACAAAAAAACUAAAAAUAAGUGUUAGAAAUAAUAAUAUUAAUAUAUACAAAAAAUAAGCAAUGCAGCUAAAGUGGUAAAUUAAAACCCGUUACUUUGACUAGCAAAACAAUAAAAAAAAUA